GGCGAGGCAAUCUCCUAAUGGGCGUGGGGGGAGUAUAUAAACAAUCACCAAGUUCACGUCAAUGAGAGUGAAACAUAUAGGUAGUGUGACAUUUUUAAUAGGAAGUGUACAGGGUGAAAUUAUGUUUGGUGCUAUCAAAUCGGAUAAAAGUAAAGAAAAAGGGUUGGACAUGACAAAUAAUAACAAUAAUAACAACAAUAUAAGUGACAGCAAAGAGUACACACCUCUUGAUAAGCAAAAAGAUGUAGAUGUAAACGAAAAAUGUGGAAUUCUGACUCAGUGUAUGGUGACUUGUGCAGUAAUGAUGAGUUCAGCAGGUUGUGGUAUGCCUGUUGGAUACUCAGCCAUUCUUCUUCCACAGCUAUCUCAUGACAAUGAAACCAUACAUAUCGAUGAUGAGCAAGGUUCUUGGAUAGCUAGCAUACAUUCCGCUGCAACCCCAUUUGGAUCGAUUCUUAGUGGAAUACUGAUGGAUGCUUAUGGUCGCAGGUUCACUCUUCAGGUGGCUUCGUUUCCUCUAAUCAUUGGUUGGUUCCUAAUAGGAUUCUCUCCUAAUUAUUUGGUGCUCUUACUUGGGAGGUUCAUCGCAGGUUUGUCAACGGGUCUUACUGCAGCAACUGGACAGGUUCUUGUGGGUGAAAUAACACAACCUCAUCUCCGAGGAAUUCUCUGCUCCCUUCCUUUUGCCAGUUAUUCUUUCGGUAUUCUAUUAGUAUAUACUUUUGGAUACUUUUUACCAUGGAGAUAUGUAGCUGUUCUGAGUGCCGUUCUACCUAUUUUAUCUUUGCUGCUUUUCUUUUUUCUGCCUGAAAGUCCCAUUUGGCUGAUGCGUCAUGGUAGAUUGGAGGAAGCCAAGCAGGCAUUAACCUGGCUCAGAGGCGGAAACGUGAAUAUGGCUAAAGAAGAAGCAACACAAAUCAUGGAAAGAAUGGAAGCCGAUCAAAAAGGAGAUUCUAAAAUUGGUGUAUGGAGGACACUACUAAGGCCUGAAGUGCUCAAACCUUUCGUCAUCAUGAACAUGUUCAACCUACUGCAAAUCUUAUCAGGAACCUACUUAGUAGUUUUUUAUGCUGUCGAUAUGCUUAAACAAGUAGAGUCAAUUUCUAUCGAUAAAUUUUUGGCUGCAGUAUGGACUGCAAUGGCCAGAUUUGUAUUCACGAUAGUAGCGAUUUUUAUGUUGAGCCAAGUGGGAAGGAGAUCAUUAGCUUUGACAUCUGGAAUUGGUACCAGUAUAGCAGCGCUGAUUUUCGCCUCUUUUGAGUAUCUCAAUUGUCAAAAAAGUGGUCAGUUCGCAGCGUUUUCGAUUCUCAUCUAUGUGGCCGUUAAUACUGUAGGCUUCAUGAUCUUGCCAGGUGUACUAAUCGGGGAAUUGUUCCCAGCUAGAAUUCGAGGCUUUGCCGGAGGCCUAUCUUUCACGAUUUUUCAUUUUGCCAUGUUUGUAUCCGCGAAGAUAUUUCCUCUCAUAAGACAAACGAUAGGCAUUUCUGGGGUUUUCUGCAUUUUUGGAAUAUCCUCCACCUUAGCUAGCAUAUUUUUGUAUUUGAUGUUACCCGAAACGAAAGGAAAAACAUUAGGAGAAAUUGAAGACUAUUUCAGAAACAAAAACGUAUUCUGGAUAACAAGAAAAAACAAAAAUUGUGGAGAUAGAUGACAUAGACUGAUUUUCUUUAGGUUAAGUUACCAGAACUGUAUGUUUAGCUUUAAGAUAUUUAGGUAUUUAUGAUAAAAUUAAAUCUUUUACUAAA